CAGUGACGCGGUUUACGGUCAACAUGGCGCGUGCCUAAACAGCUUGGUGUGAGAGGUCGGAGCUGCGCGCGGUCAACAAUCCAUACAUUUAUUAAAUCAGCUGUUUGGUGGUGAUGGCGGCAGCAGGAGCAGCAGCAGCAGGAGCAGCAGCAGCAGGAGGAGCAGCGGCAGGAGGAGCAGCAGGAGUCCUGAUCCAGGAGAAGGUCAGCAGGCUCAUCAGUAAACAGAACCGGAAACCGGUCCUCAAACCGAACCGACCUCUGACUCUCAGAGAUGCUGUGGCCAACCGGAAACUGAAGAAAGGAGAGGCGACCUGCGUCACCGAGAUGUCCGUCCUGAUGGCGUGCUGGAAGCUGAAUAACUUCGUGGACGGUUUGUGCUCGCAGGAGAUGAAGUCUUUUUACACCUGUGUGGACAAAGCUCAGGCAUCGAUGAAGAAUAAAUCUGAUCAGAACAUCCUGCAGGGAGGACGCCUUCCCCCAAAACACGCCACGAGUCUGCUCAAGAGAUACCCCAACCAGACCUGUGAGAUCUGACCUCUGAGAUGUAACCUCCAAGACCUGACCUUCAAAUCUGACCUCUAAAUCUGACCACCGAGACCUGACCUCUGACACCUGAUCUCUGAGAGUUGAAUCAGCGAGACAGAGGAUGGUGACGAUGAAGAUUUAAAGACUGUUAAAUGAUGAAGAGCUGCUGACAUGAGCAGUUUAAAGAGAGUGAUGAUGAUGAUGAUGAUGAUGUGUGUAACCAGGAUACAAACAUUUGAAUCAUAUAAUUCCCGUUUUCAUUUGCACUUCAGCACAUUAAAGCUUAUUCAUAUUUUUAAUAGUUCUGAUGUCUGUGAUGCUGCAGCUUCUGUUCAGAUAUGUGUGUGUCUGAAACGUUCAUAUUAUUAUUAACUGAAUGUUUGAUAUAAGGUUUAAUACAUUCUGUCACUGUGAUGGCACUGACUCUGGGUUUGUUGAUCUAAUUAAACUCUCUCAGUCAGAGGAUCCUA